AUGGGUGUAAUCAGCUGUGAAUUUCUACAGGCAUUUAGAAAAGAAAGUGCUCAGCUUCCGGUGCAACGAGCUUGGGAAUCGAAGAACGAAGAGAUCCUAAAUUGCCUCAAGUACGUCCGACCCGGAGGCGGGUUCAAGCCCAAUUUCACGCUCUUUGAGUUCAAGGUGAAUGGCGCGCUGCACACAGCUCUUCGCCUUCCUGCAGGAGGCUCAGCCCGUGCUGGUGAUGACGCCGCUGCGCUCAUGACCGACCCCAAGUUCAUCACUUGGUCCCCAGUGUGCCGCAUCAACAUCAUCGGGAACUUCGAGAAGUUCCUAGUGGGCCCGGACCGCGUGCCUGUGCGCAGAUACAGCCGCCACUGUCUGACCUUCGACAUGGAGCCCGACGUGGAAGUCCUGCUGUCCCAGGGGCCCAGCUGUGCCUAG